AUGCGUUUCUCCACCACUCCGAUCAUGUUGGCCGCGGCCCCGUCUGUCGCCUCCGCCCUCGGUACUCUGGGGUUUGCGCUCGGCGCCAAGCAGCCCGACGGUAGCUGCAAGGUGCAGGCCGAUUACGAGGCCGACUUUGAUGCUAUAUCGGCGGCGUCGGGCAGCCAGGUUGUCCGGGUGUACGCGGCCGGGCAGUGUAACACCGCGCAGGAGAUCCUCCCCGCUGCCAAAGCGAAAGGGUUCCAGGUCGUACUUGGGAUAUGGGCGUACCCGGAGGAGUCGUAUCAAGCCGAUAAAGCGGCCAUUGUGGAAUUUAGUCCUGGCUACGAGGCGCAAGUCUAUGCUGUUGCCGUGGGGUCCGAGACGCUAUAUCGCGGCGAGUUUGACGGGGCCGCGCUGGCGGAGAAGAUCUCUGAUAUGAAGGCCGCUACUCCUGACUUCAAGGUUGGCACGGCGGACAGUUGGAACAAGUAUCAAGAUGGCACUGCUGACCCCGUCAUUGGCAUUUCCGACAUAUUGUAUGAUACCCACCCCCGAACCGCCAUUCUUUACUGGAGAAUGCAAUCUGGCCCAAGACAUCAACAACGCUACAAAUACUUUUUUGAUGACAUCAACCAGGCGUUUGACCACAUUCGGGCCGUUGCCGGCGACUCAACCCCCGAGCUUUGGGUGGGAGAGACAGGCUGGCCGACGGGAGGCACCCAGUACGGCGCCGCGGUUCCUUCGGUUGAGAAUGCCUCCCGCUUCUAUCUGGAGGGUGUGUGUGGCAUGGUCGAUACUGAUGUCAACGUCUUCUUCUUUGAGGCGUUUGACGAGCCGUGGAAGCCGGAUAGCAUUGGAGACGACGGAAGUGCUGCUGAUGAGACCCAUUGGGGCGCCAUGAACGCUGAUCGGACGGAAAAGUACGACCUCAAGUGCUCAUGA